CUCUUUUUCUCCCUCUAUCUCUCUCUCCUCUUUCCUUGAGCUCUCUCAUUAUCGAAUGCCUUUUUACCUCGUUUCAGGCCCUAAUUUAUUGCCUCAACCCAUACUUUAUCCUUCGCUUUGAGGUUUUAAUGCUUAUUUUUUGUUCAAUUUCGAUUCAGAAAAUCGAGAUUUCUGGUCGGCAAUGGAGGUAUUGAAGGAUGAUUUGUCCAAUUUGGAGAUUGGGAAUUCAGCCGAGUCGUUCCAGAAAUUUUUGGACUCUCAAAAGGAUCUCUUUCGCUCCCAGGUCGAUCAGCUGCAGAGAAUUGUCGUCACGCAAUGUAAACUCACUGGCGUCAACCCGCUCUCUCAAGAGAUGGCUGCUGGUGCUUUGUCAAUUACAAUUGGAAAAAGACCCCGUGACCUGCUCAAUCCCAAGGCUGUAAAGUAUAUGCAGACUGUUUUUUCUAUUAAAGAUGCACUUAGUAAGAAAGAAUCCCGAGAAAUCAGUGCCUUAUUUGGUGUCAAAGUAGCACAGGUCCGUGAUUUUUUUAAUAGCCAACGCUCAAGGGUGAGGAAACUAGUCCGUUUGUCGCGGGAAAAAUCCAUCCAAUCUAGUUCUUGCAAACAACUUGAAGCUGGAAGGAUUGCAAUAGACAAUGACCCCAGUAUGCCAAUUGAUGCAGUUCCCUUGAACUCUGCUGCAGUGGUUCCUUUUAACUCUGAUGCACCAAUUCAAUUGAACUCUGAAGCUCCAGUUCCUUUAAAUAUUGAUACACCAGUUCCCUUAAACACUAUCAAACCAAGUAAUGUUGAUAAUGGACCGUCCUGUUCAACACAGGAUAGUGAACUUUCUGGCAUAGAUGGUAUAGAUAAGCAUUUUGUUCAAACUAUAUUUAGUAUGAUGCAGAAAGAAGAAACAUUUUCGGGUCAGGUUAAAUUGAUGGAAUGGAUCUUGCAGAUACAAAAUUCUUCAGUACUAUGUUGGUUCUUGACUAAAGGUGGUGCAAUUAUUUUAGCAACUUGGUUAAGUCAAGCUGCUGCUGAAGAACAAACAAGUCUCCUUCACGUAAUCCUUGAGGUUUUUUGUCAUUUGCCUUUACACAAGGCUCUUCCUGUACAUAUAUCAGCGAUACUUCAAAGUGUUAACAACUUGCGAUUUUACAGAACUUCAGACAUAUCAAACAGGGCAAGGUUUUUAUUGUCAAGAUGGAGCAAAUUGUUGACAAGAUCUCAAGCAUUAAAGAAACCCAAUGGCAUGAAACUUCUGACCAAUUCACAAACAGAUAUGAUUCUGAAACAGAGUAUUGGAGACAUUAUGUAUGACGAAUCAUGGAAGUCGAAUAUUGAUGUACCCGAAAAUUUUUCCUCUUCAAUUGUAAAUGUGGAUAACACGAGGAAAUUGGAACCUCGCCAAGCGUUGAAACUGUUGCCGGCCUCUUCGGAUGAUUUGCAUCGCAAGAAUGUCCUCGGUUUAUCUUCAUCCAGAUUCAGAGAACGUAGAAAAAUUCAGAUGGUAGAACAGCCUGAGCAGAAAAGUACUGCCAGAAAUUCGCAGGCUCCAAGAACUUCUCCUGUGAGUCGAGGUCGGCCAAUGUCUACUGAUGAUAUUCAGAAAGCAAAAAUGCGAGCACAAUUCAUGCAGAGCAAGUAUGGGAAGACCGGUUCAUCUAAUGGACGUAUGAAGUCUGAGAAUGUAAAUAAACCAUUACCUUUAGUUUCCGGUGCAUUGUCUCCAGCACCUAAAACUUCCCUUCACCCCAAAUUUGAGGACCAGAAAAAAGCUAUGGUGCUGUCUCCAAAAAUCAGUAAUAAGGUUGAAACCCCGCUUCAUUCAAAGAUUGAAGUGGGCUUCAAGGAUUCGCUCGGGGAAAAAUGUAAGAGGGUUCAGAUCCAAUGGCGGAUGCCACCAGAAAUGAAACACAAUGAUCUCUGGCGGGUAGGCGGUGGCGAGAACAGUAAAGAAGCUGGAUUCCAAAACAUUAGGAACUCUAGAGAAAAGGAGACUUUCUACCAGACCAUCCUUGACAUACCAUCAAAUCCCAAGGAGCCAUGGGACCUUGAAAUGGACUAUGAUGACUCUUUGACUCCUGAAGUUCUAACUGAGCAAUUACCUGAUAAUGAAAGCUCAGAAACAGAAGUUCGUAAUCAUGUGGUGGAUGCUGCUGUUCCAUCAGAGGUGAUCUCAUCUCAAGAUCCCAAGUCCAAUGCAGAUGAACCAGAUCUCGAGUUGCUCGCUGUACUUUUGAAAAAUCCAGAAUUAGUUUAUGCUCUCACUUCUAGCCAAGCUGGUAAUUUGCCUGCCGAGGAAACUGUAAAGCUGUUGGAUAUGAUUAAAGCAAGUGGAGCUAAUAAUUUGGGCAGCGUCAACAGGAUGGAAAAGGCAGUGGAGAAAGUUGAAGUCUCUCUUCCAUCUCCAACUCCUUCGAGUAACGCUGGAACGAGUGGAUGGAAACCAGCAGCCUUGAGGAAUCCUUUUUCACAGCGAGAUUCCAUUGCAGAAAGCAGAGUAGCACUCGCUUCCCCACCAGUUGAUGCAUCAAGCAUUGCAGUGUCGCGUGUUCCAAACCAACAACACGCAGCUAUGCCAUCAGUGUCCCACCAGCUUCCUGCAUCAGUUUCUCAAUUUUCACUUCCACAAACUAUGAUCAAUGGGCGUCAAUCCCAUCAUGUACUUCAUUCUCACCAGCACCAACAGGGCAUCGUAAACUCUCCGAAUGUUCAAUUACCGAACUCGGAAAUAGCCUUGGCAUUGAGGAGUUUCCCUAUCACCAAUGAGCCCCUAGUUAAUCAACUAACAGCAGCUGUCUCUUCAGUGAGAGUAGAAGGUGGGAAUGUUGUAAAACCUGUUACUUUUGCAUCAAACAUACCAGAAAGAGUACCAAUCUCAUUCCAUUCGCCUCCUUCUCCGACCCCUACACGAAUGCCACUGAUACAGCAGCAAAGGCAGCAGUCACAAAUACAGCCAUUUCGGUCUGAGCAUCCACAUCAAACUCGUGUGAAUAUUUCUUUACCACCCUCUGAGAAAUCAGCCCCUAGUUUAGGUUCUUGGAAACCAAGACAGCAGGAUAUUGGUUCACACUAUAACUCUGGAACUAACCAAAGAAGUGACAGUAAAUUUGUUGGAGGAUCCAUGGCGGCAAGAGGAGGCCCUUCAUGGGGAAGAAAUGAAUUUGAAUCAUGGAGUCCUGAGAACAGUCCAGUAAGGACUCAGGAGUAUAGCAGGCCGGACAAAAGCAUCUCAGAGCCCAGAACUAAUUCUGGACGAAGCUAUGGGCCUGCAGACCAGCAGCAGAGACAGAGGAGUCCAUAUGGAUAUCAAGAGCAAAACAGACAUGGAACCAACAACAACAGGAGGUGGCGUGAUCGGCAAUUUUGAAACUGGGAAUUAUUGUUUCAGUAGGACGAGAUUUAGCUGAAGGAGCUCACAGAUGCUUGGUUUUGGCUGUUAAAAUGGGUAUGAACAGCAUUGAAAAAAAGGUGCCUCUCAACGAGAAUGGGUUGAGAUUGCUGUUCUGUGUUCUGCAAGUUUAUAUACUUUCAAGGCUCCCCAAGUAACACAAAUUCACAAUGGCCGACCGCGACCAGGAAGAGUAUCCCUCUUCGUGUUCUUCGUGUUCUUCGGUGCUUUGGCUUUUGACCUGUAAAAUUUAGUUUUGAGGAGAUUGAGUUCGUAGGGGGAUUGGGGUAUCAUUCUUCAUAUAUCAAUUAUUACUAGUGUUCUUCUCUGUCUUUGGAAGUAUGCUCUGAUGAGAUCAUUGAUCUUCCUAUUCUCAGUCUAACUCUGAAAGAGGCUUUUCCAUUAGCUAUCCAGUAAUUUCCUGAGUUGUAACCAUCUUUAAUCAUUAUCAUAAAUUACUGAUUCUCUCAA